AUGGCGGAGGCCGGGGGUCGCCAAUGGGUGGAGAUCAAGUUGGACAUGACGCCAAACGGGCCGUUCAGACUAGACAACUGCCCCAUCCAGAUCGACGCCCAGCAAGUUCCAGUUGUGUUGUAUGCCAAGGCACCAAGGGACGUGGAGGAGGUUAGAGGGUUGCUGCAAUGGUUCCAUAUGGAGAGCAGCCGAUCCAGUGAGAAAUUUCCAGAGGGCGACACAUUGGCGACCUUGAGCCUUCCAGCAUCUUUGAGCAAGGGGGAGAGAGCCACGUGGCACCACAUCGCUCUUGACCUGGGGCUUGGGUCCAUGUCAAAGGGCACGGGCGCCGAGCGCUUUGUCAUGAUCUUCACUGUAUGGUACAAGGCCCAAGGUUGGUGCGAGCUUGAACUCACCAAGGAGAAAUGGGAAGAGGCGGUCCAGAUUUGGCAGUGGUGUCAAAUGGAAAAGGGACCCUUUGCGAGCAUCAGCAGGUUCGAGGUCGGAGAGAUGAUGCUGUCCGAAGGAGGCCUGAGGGAGGACGUUCGAGAGCUUGCCAACAGAAUGGGCCAAGCGAAGCAGGCAGCGGACUGUUUGCGGAGGGCCGACAUGUCUGGCGCAUCGGUGGUAUUUGCUGACAAUCGAGACGUGGUUUGGUGCCGCGAUGAGGAAUCGGGCGGCUACCCAAUCCAUCUGGCCUGCUGGAUGGGCAUGACUGAACUCGUUGCCUGGCUGGCCCAGUUUCCAGGAAUGGUGCAAGUGAAGGAUGGCAGCGAUGCAACGCCCAUCGACAUCGCGAGCGCCAGGGGCCAUCACGAGAUCGUCGGCAUCCUCCUGCAAAAUGGCGCGCGGGGUGUGGAAAACGGCCGGGCCGCCCAGCUCACCUACCUCCACCACCCGCGGUACAACUCGUUCAAAUCCGACGAGCAUAGGGAUGAAGUUCUGUAUGGCAAGCCGCCCAGCAUGCCACAGGGCUCCGCCCGUGGGGGACGGGGGAGGUUCCAGCGUGGUGGCAGGGCCCAGGGGCCCAGGGGCAGGGGUUGGAGGAUGACUAAUGGUGGUGGAAGAAUGACUAAUCCUGGUGGGAGGAUGAGUAACGGCAGCAGCAGCAGGAUUGCCUCUGAGCGUGGCAGGCGCGGGAGGGGCGGCAUGAAUGGGUACAAUGGGAGGGGCAGUUAUGAGGGUGGUCAGGGCAGAGCCAAUGGGUAUGGUGGGACAGGUGGGCAAGCGGCUGGAAGUGGUCGUGGGGCUUAUGGAAGGGGGAAUGGGUAUGUUCGGGGACGGGGUGGGCGUGGCGGAUAUGGGAGGGAGGACAGGGGACGUGGACCUGACAGUGGAGGUGGGAGGUAUGGUGCAGACCAGGGACAGCAGCCCUUCGAGUCGUCACUUGUGCCAAGGUCUGUCAGGUUGAAGGGCGAAGGUGGGGCGGUGGCGUCAGGGAGCGGGAGCGGGAGGGGCUUCCAGGUGAAUGCCGACGGGUCGUACUACAACGAUGAAAUGCAGCGGUACGAGUGGCGGGACGGCACCACGGGCGAGCUGUACGUGUGGAACGACGACUCGCAAAAGUACUUGCCGGAGGCGCAGGUCGUGGAUGGGGGCACCUCCAAUGGGGCAGCUGGGAAUGAAGGGGGCGACGCAAAGGCGGUGUGGAACGAGGCCACUGGGGAGUGGGAGUAUCCGGGCUACCCUGGAUGGAGAUGGAACGAGGCAACGCAAGCUUGGGAACAGUCAGACAGAGGCGGUUCCUCCACUGCAGCUGUGACAGCAAAUGGCAAUGUGGGCGGUGCGUGCAAUGGGGAUGCUGUUGGAGUGGGGACCUCGGAUUUGAAUUCGAGGCGGGCCGGUGCAGCAACAGGGGAGGGGUCUGGGGGCGGGGCGCAGAAUGGGUGCAUGUGGGAUGAGGGUCUGCAGCGGUGGCUGAAGGAUGGGUGGUCGUACAACGAGGAGACACGGGAGUGGGAGGCCAUGUGA